CAUUCCUGCGGGACGGUUACAUUAAUUCGCACACCGUCGUAACUCGUCAACCGUGUCCGCGUCAACGUCGUACUUUAUAGGUAUAUAAUAUAAUAUAUGCUCGGUGAAAAUACAGUAUUAUUGCGCGGACUAUGCAUCCGAACACAUAUAUUAACACUAUAUUUUUACGCUGAGAUAACAAAAACAAAUUCAGAAAAAAAAUUCUCCAGCUGUGUAACGGUCGAAAACCGCGGUCUUGUCGAAGUUUAUUCUUCUCCCCCGGAAGCGUUGCAAGAGAGUGCGCGUUCGAAGCCACGAGACGUUUUCAUACUUUAAACAAUGCAUUUCGCUCCGGAAUAGUAUACUGCAAUCGGUUUUACCGCAAUAGUAUGAACUUGGCCCAUAAUUCGGAGUAUCUCCUGAAACGCUGAGUCCACCAUUAUUGUGUUUGGUACAACGGUGGUCGUCACUAUACAUAGAGAGAAUUUCAAUAUAUUACAUUGCAGCUGCGGGAACAAAUGCAAAAUAUUAAAUAUACAUCUACGCAACAGUUUCAUAAGACGAACAAUUUAACAAGACACGUUAACGUACAGCUGUCGGCACACGAAAAUAAUAUUAAUAUGUUCAACGACACGCGCAACGGCAGCAGCUUAUGGACGAAAAACGCGGCCGGGCUGGAACAGGCGGCGGUCAUCGAGGAGCUGAUCGCCGAGUUCUCGUCGUCGCAAAUGAAGUUCACCGAGACCAGAAGCAUCAUGUUGAUCGGUCUCUACGUCCCGUUGUUCUUGGUCGCGGCCAUAGCGAAUUCCGUGGUUAUCGUCGUGGUCAUCAAGUACCACUACAUGCGCAGUGUGACCAACUACUUUUUGGUGAACUUGUCCAUCGCCGAUCUUCUGGUGACAUUCAUAUGCAUGCCAAUGGCCGUUGGACAGUCGGUGACUGGUUUAUGGCUGUACGGCGAAACUAUGUGCAAAUUGACAUCGUAUUUACAAGGUGUUUCAGUUGGAGCAAGCGUUUUUACUAUAGCUGCAAUGAGUAUCGACAGAUAUUUGGCUAUCGAACAUUCGAUGUCAUUCAGAAAAGUACUCAAUCGAAAAUCAACCAUAUAUGUCAUACUUGCUUUAUGGCUUGUGUCCAUGACUAUAUUCGGUCCAGUUUUAUGGGUCCGUCAAACAGAAUCUGUGGAGUUGGGAGAUGAUCCAAUAUUAAUUGAUGCUGUCCAUAGAUAUGGUUUGGCUUGGUGUAUAGAGGACUGGGGACACCCGCACGCAAAGUCUACGUUAUCUAAACACGUUUAUGGUAUUCUGUGUUUUGUUCUGGUGUAUGCUACACCUGGAUUUCUAGUUACUGGAGCCUACACAUUGAUGGGUCGGAGACUAUGGGCAGUACGACCACCAUUUGAUGACCAGCAGGGCAUGAUAAGUGUUCAACAGGUCAGAAUGGUACGCGAGAGACGUAGAGUAGCAAGAAUACUCUUUUUCUUAGCAGUUAUAUUUGCAUUGUGUUGGUUACCAUACAACUUAUUAACACUUUUUUUAGAUUUAGACAUCACACUUGAUAAUUUUGGUCUAGAUCAGGAGUAUUUAAUGAAGUGGUAUCCAUUUACACUUCUUUUAGGCCAUGCUAAUUCAGCAAUCAACCCUUUGUUGUAUUGUUUUAUGACAAGGAAUUUUCGAAGAACAAUCAAGGGUUUUGUAUGCAAUACUGGAAUUGCGAAGCCGAGAAGAAGAAAUCGAUGCAAAGUUUCAGAAAGGGCUGACCGAGAAAAGCACAACAAGUGGAUACGGCUCGUUCCGCAACCCACGUCGGCUAUGUUUCACCCUGGCCCAACUACGCCAAAACAAUACAGUCCAAACACGAACUGCAACGAUAUCAAACCUUGCUGUUCUGUAAAUGAAAAAGAGUUCAUUUUGUAAUAUUAUAUUGUAUUGAUUUGCUUGAAUUCAUUUUUAUAUUAUAUAAUUAAUGUAUUUAAUGUAUAUAAAGCUUAUAUAAGUUCGUACUCAAAAAAAAAAAAAAAUACUCGUAAAUAAUCUUAUUUUUUUUUUUUAUUAUUAUUAUUAUAAUUAUUAUAACUAUUGUCGUCUUUUUACAAAUAUCUAUCUAAAAUGUUAUUUAAUUUAUUGACAUAAAUAUAAUAUAACAAUAUUAUUGUACAUACCUA